AAGGUGUUUGAUUGAAACGCGUACUGUGGCGCGCACCGUAGGUAUCGAAGAAUCGUCGUCGGCGUCGAAGGCUGAAGAAGGGACCGAAGAAUGGUCGGAAAGGACAAGCGCGGUGGGGUGAACGGUUCACUGUGGAGACGGGUGGGGAUCGCGGGCGAAGAAGUGGGGUACAGCGGGAAAUAGAGCCGGUAGUGGCGGCAGUUGCGUCUCGAGCAGCGCGCGUGUUGUUUCGUUCCGUCCUGUGCGUGUAGCUUCUCGCGACAGCUACCGAGGCUUUUACGUGCCGACGAAACUCGUUUCUUUUUUUUGUUUUUGUGCCGCGAUUCGCGCCCACGCGGCGUCGCAACGGAAACCGUAUUAACGUGGGACGUCCUAUAAACAGGGCAGUGGUGGUCCCGGUGGUGUUUUCAGUGUUACAUUUCUGUGCAAACGUUCGUUUAUGUUACGAGAAUCAGUUUCUUGACGCGUGAGGUGUUUACCAGGAGAUAGUUGUCGGUAGACAUCCAUUGGGAAUUUUCUGUGUGUUACUUGUUCACGCCGGAGGAUUGUUAAUUGUGUCCGAAUACGUGUCCGCACCGAUCCCAGUCUACGUUUUUGGAAUGACGAUCGGAGCGGCGAUGUCGAGGAUUGACAGCUACCGCUGAUUCAUAAGAUACCCUGCAGGGCCACUCGCUACCAAAAUGAGCACAUCGUUGCGAAUUUUGGCGCUAAUCAGCUUAGCCGCGCAGAACGUGGCUUGGCCGCAAGAUCCCGUUCCUAAACUGCACGUCAAAUAUCGCGAGGUGAUUGGCCAGCGGUUCCUGGGAAACGAGAGCCACGUGGAGCACUUCAAGCUCCUGGAGCGCGCGACCACUUCCAUCCUGAUUGGCGCCAGGAACGCCAUUUACAACAUAAGUCUGCACGACCUAGCGGAGAUCGUCGAUCAGAGGUUGCAGUGGUCCAGCAGCGGGGCGCAUCGUGAACUUUGUUAUCUGAAAGGGCGUAGCGAGGACGAGUGCCAGAAUUAUGUACGUGUAUUUGGCAGACAAGGGCCUGAUCGAUUUCUCGUUUGUGGAACGAACGCGUACAAGCCGCUGUGCAGACAAUUCACCAUCAAGGUAUGUAUAGCCAAUUCAUACAACUUCAUUAAGCCUGGAAUAAUAUAGGGUAAGUGUUUUACCAUGAAUAUUACUGUAAACGAUUUUUUUAUAAAACCCAAAUGGUUUGGAAUACAUCUGAUUUGUUUAGCUAAGAAAAAAAGUACAUAUGAUUAUAAUUGAACGUGAAAGAUGAUGAUCCUUUCAGUGUUCAGUACACUACGCUGCCAGCAGGUGUAUCUUGUUAUUAAGAAAUCAAAUCUUCAGCUGCACUUGGUAAAUCCCUUCUUUGAAAACAUGUUGUAAAAUUAAAUGCUAUGCUGUGUCUUGUAUCCGAAAAAAUUAAUGAAUAUACGUAUAUUUAUAAUUAAAACUUGAUGAAAAGUAACCGAAUAAACGAGAUAGUUGUGUGUUAAAUUUGCUAACAGUUACCUGUGGCGAAGGUUGAUCAACUUUGAUCCAUACUCGUUUUCAUAAAAUCACUCGUAAAAUGAGGUAUAGAGGGAAGAUUGUUUUUUUUAAUUUACUGUACAAUGAAAACUAUCCUGACUGAAUAAUUACUUAUUGAAUAUAUAGUUCUGUUAGCUCAGAAAUAUUAGUUGGAGAUACGCAUUUUACCAUUGACAUUGUUUUCCUAAAUAAACGAAAAUCUUCGUUCUUGCUUAGUACCUAAACAAAUUUAAUCAAUCACCUGAAAAAAAAACGUCGAACUUUAUAGUCCUACGAUUUUGUGAAAUAUAGC